AUGAGGAUUUCUAGUGAUCAGUUUCUAUUGAUAUUCUCGGGCUUAUGGGGACUGACAAUGGGUGCUUUCCCAAGCAGCGUUCAGAUAGGGGGGCUGUUCAUCCGGAACACGGAUCAGGAGUACACAGCCUUCCGGCUGGCCAUCUUCCUCCACAACACCAGCCCCAACGCCUCGGAAGCCCCCUUCAACCUGGUGCCUCAUGUGGACAACAUCGAGACGGCCAACAGCUUUGCCGUCACCAACGCCUUCUGCUCGCAGUACUCCCGGGGCGUCUUCGCCAUCUUCGGCCUGUACGACAAGCGCUCGGUGCACACGCUGACGUCCUUCUGCGGCGCGCUGCACAUCAGCCUCAUCACGCCCAGCUUCCCCACCGAGGGCGAGAGCCAGUUCACCCUGCAGCUGCGGCCCUCCAUCCGGGGGGCCCUGCUGUCCCUGCUCGACCACUACGACUGGAACAAGUUUGUCUUCCUCUACGACACCGACCGGGGAUACUCCAUCCUGCAGGCCAUCAUGGAGAAGGCGGGCCAGAACAACUGGCAGGUGAGCGCCAUCUGCGUGGAGAAUUUCAACGACGCCAGCUACCGCCGGCUCCUAGAGGACCUGGACCGGCGGCAGGAGAAGAAGUUUGUGAUCGACCUGGAGGCGGAGCGGCUCAACAACAUGCUGGAGCAGAUCGUCAGUGUGGGCAAACACGUCAAGGGAUACCAUUACAUCAUGGCUAACCUGGGCUUUAAGGACAUUAACCUGGAGCGUUUCAUGCACGGCGGGGCCAACGUGACGGGCUUCCAACUGGUGGACUUCAGCAACCCCAUGGUCAUCAAGCUGAUGCAGCGCUGGAACAAACUGGACCAGCGCGAGUACCCCGGCUCCGACGCCCCUCCCAAAUACACGUCUGCGCUGACUUACGACGGAGUGAUGGUGAUGGCGGAGGCGUUCCGGAUUUUGCGGCGGCAGAAAGUGGACCUCUCCCGGCGGGGCAACGCCGGCGAAUGUCUGGCCAACCCUGCCGCCCCCUGGAACCAGGGGCUCGACAUGGAGAGAACCCUCAAACAGGUGCGGAUGCAGGGAUUAACAGGUAAUGUCCAGUUCGACCACUAUGGCCGAAGGGUCAACUACACGAUGGACGUGUUUGAGCUGAAGAGUAACGGACCCCGACGGAUCGGCUACUGGAACGACGCAGACAAGAUGGUGCUCAUCCAGGACUCUCUCCUCCUGCCAAACGACACCUCAGGCAUGGAGAACAGGACCGUCGUGGUGACUACCAUCAUGGAAGGGCCGUACGUGAUGCUGAAGAAGAACUGGGAGCUGUACGAGGGAAACGACCAGUACGAGGGUUACUGCGUGGACCUGGCCUCGGAGAUCGCCAAGCACAUCGGCAUCAAGUACAAGAUCUCCAUCGUGCCCGACGGGAAGUACGGCGCCCGGGACCCGGAGACGAAGAUCUGGAACGGGAUGGUCGGGGAGCUGGUGUACGGGAAAGCCGAUGUGGCGGUGGCUCCCCUGACCAUCACCCUGGUGCGUGAGGAGAUGAUAGACUUCACCAAGCCCUUCAUGUCCCUGGGCAUCUCCAUCAUGAUCAAGAAGCCCACCAAGUCCAAGCCGGGGGUCUUCUCCUUCCUGGACCCGCUGGCCUAUGAGAUCUGGAUGUGCAUCGUGUUUGCGUACAUCGGAGUCAGCGUGGUGCUGUUCCUGGUCAGUCGUUUCAGUCCAUACGAGUGGAAGGGCGAAGACGAUGAUGAUGAAGACGAGCAGCAAAAGGAGGCAGGAGAAUACACCAAUGAGUUUGGGAUCUUCAACUCUCUCUGGUUCUCCCUGGGGGCCUUCAUGCAGCAGGGCUGUGACAUCUCCCCCAGGUCUCUGUCGGGUCGCAUCGUUGGGGGGGUGUGGUGGUUCUUCACCCUCAUCAUCAUCUCCUCCUACACGGCCAACCUGGCGGCCUUCCUCACCGUGGAGAGGAUGGUGUCCCCCAUCGAGAGCGCAGAGGACCUGGCCAAGCAGACGGAGAUCGCCUACGGGACCCUGGAAGGAGGCUCCACCAAGGAGUUCUUCAGGAGGUCCAAGAUCGCGGUGUUCGAGAAGAUGUGGUCGUUCAUGAAGAGCGCCGACCCCUCUGUGUUCGUCAAGAGCACCAACGAGGGCAUGACGCGCGUGCGCAAGUCAAAGGGCAAGUACGCCUACCUGCUGGAGUCCUCCAUGAACGAGUACAUCGAGCAGCGCAAGCCCUGCGACACCAUGAAGGUGGGCGGGAACCUGGACUCCAAGGGCUACGGGGUGGCCACGCCCAAGGGAUCCCCUCUCAGAAACCCUGUAAACUUGGCAGUGUUAAAACUGAACGAGCAGGGCCUGUUGGACAAAUUGAAAAACAGAUGGUGGUAUGACAAGGGAGAGUGCGGCACCGGGGGAGGGGACUCCAAGGAUAAGACCAGUGCCCUGAGCCUCAGCAAUGUGGCCGGAGUGUUCUACAUUCUGAUUGGCGGGCUAGGGCUGGCCAUGUUGGUGGCACUGGUCGAAUUCUGCUACAAAUCCCGCAUCGAGUCUCGGAGAAUGAAGGAGCUGAUCGACGCGGCCAUGAUGAGCGUCAGCAUGGGUAGAGGGGCGGCGGGUGGGGGCAUGGGUGGAGGGGUAGCGGGCGGUGCCUUCAUCCAGGGGGGGGAGAACGGACGCUUGGGGGCGCUGGACUACCAAAAGAUGGGGCCUCAGACCCUCCCCUGCAUGGGCCAGGGGGCGGCCGGCCUGGGCAUCAACACCACCGGCAUGUGA